AUGAUGUAAGAGACAGCAAAGGCAGGGAUUGGAGUAAGGGGUGUAUAGCUGAGACUAUAAAAACUCAGAGAAAACUCACCAUCAGGGCUGAGUUUGGGAGAAACUGCACAUACAGGACUCUAAGGUUAGGCUCCCCUGGUUUUUCACAAGAUGCUGGACUGGAGACUGGCAAGUGCACAUUUCAUCCUGGCUGUGUCUUUGAUGUUGUGGAGCUCAGGAAAAGUGCUUUCAGUGAAUACAGCCACAGAGGCCUUUGAUUCCGGAGUCACAGAUGUGCAGUCACCACCCACAGUCCAAGAGGUGAAAUCAGCCACUGACCUGGCUGCAAAACUCUUGCUCCUCGAUGAGCUGGUAUCUUUGGAGAACGAUGUGACAGAGACAAAGAAGAAGAGGAGUUUCUCUGGCUUUGGGUCUCCCAUAGAUAGACUCUCAGCUGGCUCUGCAGAUCAUAAAGUUAAACAGAGGAAAAUAGUAGAUCAUCCAAAAAGACGAUUUGGCAUCCCCAUGGAUCGGAUUGGCAGAAACCGGCUUUCAAAUUCCAGAGGCUAAUUGAUUUCAGUUAUGCAACUUCCUUGGGUGAAAUGUCAAGAAAUGUGGAAGAUGCUUCCGUGAAGUUCUUCAUACUCUUUAAUGAUAAAAUUUUAAGGAACUGGCCUUCUGCAAAUAUUUUCCAAAGCUUGAACUUCAGUUCAUCACAUCACAGUAUUGUUUCUGUUUCAUUAAAUUAUGCAAAUCACUUCAAUGCAUGUGUAUUUUUAAAUAUGUAUUUUAAUUAUUCAGGCAUGGUUACCUGCCCACCGGACUUCACUAUUGAGUAACUGUCAAAAAGUGUGAUAUAGAAAAAUACCUUCUACAUGCAUGUACAAGUCAUAUUUUUUGCAGCUAAAGAAUAGUUAUGAAAUACAGAUCUGAUUCUUAAAAUUGGAUAAAAGUUGUUCAUUCAUUAUUGGGAAGUAAGAAAAGGCAAUGAUGUGUAUUUUCUCUUGAGUACAUUUACCUGUCUCUUUUAAAACUUUGUCCAUAAACCUUUUGAUAAUAAUGAUAAAACUAGACUUUUCUUAUCGUAUUCAAAUUUUAUCCAGUUUAACUAAGUAAAACACAGCCCCAGUGAGCUGUGAAGCCAAAGUGGGGUUAGAAUUAAGGAUAUUAAGGAUAUUAUUCAUUUGUUAAACUUCAAUAUUUCUUAUUCUCUAAAAUUUCUCUAAAUUCUAACCGAUAGUUAAUUAAGAGUAGCAGUGAUUCAUUAUGAAGAAAACAACUAAACACAGAAGUAACAGAUGAAAGUAGAUGGGAAGUUAAAGAAUCAAUAAGCAUUAAACCAGCAGCCCAGUCCAGGGCCAGUAUAGCACAGCACAGCACAUUGCAGCAUAGAAAAUAAGAAAUUUUUUUUUAAAUUAUUGACUCAUCUAGGAAAUUAUUUACCCUGGUUCAGACACUGUGCUUAAAAAGGCAUUGAAGAACAUAAUGUAUUUGGGAGUGAUGUCUUUAAAAUGAGGCAGAUUAUUUUUAAAGGACCUUAUCUGGGCAUAAGAUUUCGUACUUUAGAAAUCUCAGUUCCCAUUAAUAAGUGUGAUGUUACUGCAUGUUAGGUGCAUAAGCCCAUUGUGUGUUGGAGAUGCUUUAAAAAUAGAACAGUAACAUCACUUGGAGCAGAGAUUCAGCAUGAGUUAUUUGGCAGAAUUGUGUGAAGCAUCUGUAGAACACUGCUCCUUCAAACUCUAGCAAAACUCACCAUCCAACAGACCUAAUAUACUUAUAUGGUUCAAAGAGCAAAAUAAACUCAAAAAAAUAUCAUGGUAACAAAAAUGCAUUAGAAAAUAAUUGAAUGGAUAAUUGGCCUAGAUUAAAGAUAAAAUUAAAUUUUUAGCUGUCCAACGUGCUUUUUAGAAACCCAAUUCAUAAGAUCUAAAAAUAAGUAAAAGAAAUGAUGAUAAAUACUCAGAAUACAUAACUGUUUUGCAUAAAACUUCUCAGUUUUCCUGGAAAAUUUUCAAGUUGCUGAAAAUCUUCAAAGUUUAGGGGAAAACAGUAGAUGAAUGUUUCUUUUAAUUAUAAUAGAGAGCUACAGCAAAAAGAAAUGAAUUUUGAGAAAGCUAACCAAUUAUGUUCUUCAUAAACUUGUUUUAGCUAUCAGUAGCAUAUGGGUAAAUAUUCUACAGGGCUCAAAGUUUGAAGGAAUUAUUUAAGAAGUAAUGAUUUCCACAUUCAGAGAAAACAUUCAACCUUUGACUUACUUUUUGGUACUGGCUUAUUUCACUUAUAAUGAUAGUCUCCAGUUCCAUCCAUUUAUCAGCAAAUACCAUAAAGUCAUUCUUCUUUAU